CGUUUGCCUGUAAAUUUCGUUCGUAUUCUAUUCGGAUCUCAUGACUCACCACCUUCUUCACACACUAUCUAAAACUCUGCAUAAAUGAGUACGUUUUGCAAUCAGGUAAGGCGGUUACAAAGUCGACAUUACGAGCCUUGAUUCUCGUGAUUCCUGGAUUCAGUCGCUCGUGAGCUCUUUUUUCAGCGAUAAGCAUAUCUACGAGACUUCGAAUCACAUGCUGCGCAAAACAUCAAGAGAGAGAGUCAUAUAUAUAUACAUGUUCAUCGUUGAGAGAAGGAUUUAGAUUUAAGUGAUUAUUGAAGAUUUGUAGUUGUUGUGGUGGUGAUGAAGAUGCCUGGAGGAAGUGGAAGAAGAGGAGAGGAAAGAAACAAAAAAGGAGAAGAGGAAGAGGAGUAUGAAGUGCAUGAUCUGAAAGAUCGAAUCGAGUCGUCGCAAGGAAGCCGUAUGAAUCUUCUGAAGAAAGAGCUUGGAUUGGAGCAUGAGGGUCGGAAGAUAUUCAGCAGAGAAAGUGUUGUCAAUGGCAUCAAAGACCUCUCCAAAGGCAUCCACAUCCAUCCUGAUAACAGUUGUCCCUAGCGGCUGAUUGUAUCGGACUAGAUUCGAAUAUGAAAGGACGCAGCUGUUAGUGGGACCUACAUGAUACAUGCCCUCCUGCUGCUGCUGAGUAAAGCUGUGAUGAGGUGGUAUCGGGCAUGGACGAAGUUCAUAUUGGUAUGGGCAGUGUAUUCAACAUUCUUCACACCCAUGGAGUUUGGGUUCUUCAGGGGAUUGCAGAGGAAACUUUUCUUAUUAGACAUAGCAGGUCAAGUAGUUUUCCUUGUCGACAUUGUCCUCCAAUUCUUUGUCGCCUACAGAGAUAGUCAGACCUACAACAUGAUCUAUAAGCGCACCCCAAUUGCUCUUCGGUACCUGAAAUCUACUUUUGUCUUUGAUCUUCUGGCUUGCAUGCCUUGGGACCUUAUCUACAAGGCUAGUGGACGUAAAGAAGAGGUAAGGUACCUUCUGUGGCUCAGGUUGAGUCGGGUUCGCAAGGUCACUGAAUUUUUUCAAAAGAUGGAGAAGGAUAUACGGAUCAAUUAUCUGUUUACCAGGAUUAUAAAGCUUAUUGCCGUUGAGCUAUAUUGUACACAUACUGCAGCCUGCAUCUUUUAUUAUUUGGCUACCACUCUGCCUGCAGAGCAAGAAGGGUACACAUGGAUUGGAAGUUUAAAAAUGGGUGACUGCAGUUAUUUGCACUUCAGACAGAUUGAUUUGUGGAAGCGGUACACAACAUCCCUGUAUUUUGCCAUUGUCACUAUGUCAACUGUCGGUUAUGGAGAUAUACAUGCAGUCAAUCUGAGGGAAAUGAUAUUUGUAAUGAUUUAUGUCUCUUUUGACAUGAUUAUUGGUGCUUAUUUGAUUGGUAACAUGACUGCAUUGAUUGUGAAAGGAUCGAAGACAGAAAGGUUUAGGGAUAAAAUGACAGAUCUCCUGAAAUAUAUGAAUAGAAAUAGACUUGGGAGGGACAUCCGUAAUCAGAUCAAAGGUCACUUGCGGUUACAGUAUGAAAGCAGCUAUUGUCAAGCUUCUGCUCUUCAGGAUCUUCCCAUCUCUAUUCGUGCUAAGAUUUCCCAAACUUUAUAUAAGCCAUACAUUGAAAAUGUCCCUCUAUUCAAAGGAUGCUCUUCAGAAUUCAUUAAUCAGAUUUCAACUCGAUGCUGUAUCCCUUUGGCCUCAAAUGCAGAAGUGCAUGUAAUCAGAGUCCUUGAGGAGUUUUUUCUCCCAGGAGAAGUGAUAAUGGAACAGGGAAAUGUGGUAGAUCAACUUUAUUUUGUAUGUCAUGGUAUGCUGGAGGAGGUUGGUAUAGGGGCAGAUGGAUCAGAAGAGACUGUUUCAAAGUUGGAACCCAACAGUUUAUUUGGUGAAAUUUCAAUACUUUGCAACAUACCCCAGCCUUAUACUGUUCGAGUUUGCGACCUAUGUAGGCUUCUGCGCCUUGAUAAACAAUCUUUCUCAAAUAUUCUUGACAUAUUUUUUCAUGAUGGGCGAAGAGUACUGAACAACCUUCUAGAGGAAAAAGAAUCAAAUGUUCGUGUAAAGCAACUGGAAUCUGAUAUCACAUUUCAUAUUGCAAAACAAGAAGCAGGACUUGCUUUGAGAGUUAAUAGUGCAGCUUAUCAUGGAGAUUUGCAUAAACUUAAAGAUUUGAUCCGAGCUGGAGCUGAUCCCAACAAGACAGAUUAUGACGGAAGAUCACCAUUGCAUCUUGCGGUAUCAAGAGGAUAUGAAGAUAUAACACUUUUUCUUAUUCAAUGUCGCGUAGACAUCAACAUCUCAGAUAAGUUUGGAAAUACACCAUUACUAGAAGCCCUCAAGAAUGGGCAUGAUAGAGUUGCUUCAAUACUUGUUAAAGAAGGGGCUGCAUUAAAGAUUGAGGAUGCUGGUAGUUUCUUAUGUAUGGCAGUUGUAAGGGGCGAUUCAGAUUUUCUCAAAAGGAUAUUGUCCAAUGGCGUUGAUCCAAACUCCAAAGACUAUGAUCACCGAACCCCACUUCAUGUGGCUGCCUCUGAAGGAUUAUAUUUGAUGGCAAAGUUGCUUUUGGGAGCUGGGGCUAGUGUCCUUUUAAAGGACAGAUGGGGAAAUACUCCACUUGAUGAUGCACAAAUGUGUGGAAACAAGAAUUUGAUCAAGCUACUGGAAGAUGCAAAAUCCACUCAACUGUCUCAGUUCCCCAGCUGCUCUCAAGAAAUAACAGAUAAAGUGCACAAGAGGAAAUGCACGGUGUUCCCUUUCCAUCCAUGGGAUCCCAAGGAGAAAGGGAAACAUGGAAUUGUGCUAUGGGUUCCACCAAAGAUCGAGGAGCUCAUCAAAACAGCAGCAGAGCAGCUAGACUUUGCAUGCAGUUUUUGUAUAUUAUUAUCGGAAGAUGCAGGUAAAAUUGUUGAUGUGGAUAUGAUUAGUGAUGGUCAGAAGCUGUACUUAAUCAGUCAAACACAUUAGAUAUGUUAUUGCCUUAGUUGCUUGGUUUUUCCUUUGUAUCAUAUUUGUACUUACUUUAAGCUAUGAAAAGUUCACCAAGCUAGCUCAUUUAGCGA